UACACUUCUUCUCGUGAUGUUUUUGUUUUGAUUAUAAAAGUUCACGUUUUACUAUGCAAAACCCUAAAACAAAAACCAUUUCUAAUCUAACUAAAUUCUCACCUAAUUUCAAGCGCAAGCGAAUACCACAUUCCCAGUUUAAAUUCCCAUCAGAUGUUCUUCCAACCUGUGAACCAGGAGAACAGGUUGUUGGAAUAUUCACAGGGUUUUCAGUGGAAGUAAGCCAUCCGGAACAUAUUCGUAAACUUUACGAUGCCGGUUGCUUUGGAAAGGGAUCAAAAUCCCGUAGCUGUCCAGAAUUUAUCAAACAGAAAAUAUUACCCGAUGAUGCAUUGAGUGAGAAUCUGAUAUUGGAUUUGGAAGAGUCCUUUUUUCUUGCCCACUAUCUCAAAGUACUUGAAAUAAAAGAUAUCCACGGAGUUCCAUGCAGUUCUAAGGAAAUUUUUGAGAAAUUCCUUAAAGUCAAGAGCAAUUUUGCAGAGAGCUUUGUAGCCUACAUUUAUUUGAGAGCGAAAAACUGGAUAGUAAGGAGUGGCACAAAAUUUGGAGCGAAUUUUUUGAUUUACAAGAAGGGACUGCGUUUCUUCCACGCCAGCUUUAUAGUGUUUGUUGAUUACAAAAGAGAACCACAUGAAUCGAAAGACAUAAAAGGAAUUCAACGUAUCGCUGAAACUUCUGACAAAGAUGUCCUUUUUCUGGAGGUCAUUCGACCAAAAGAAGUUGAUGCCGAUAUCUUUGAGAACUUGGACAAAUUUACUGUUUCAGAAAAUAUUAUUAAACGAUUUAAUUACAGUGCAUUUGUUCAGUCCAAAUAAAACAUAAUACAUAGGAACAA